AUGUCCGAUUUAUUUGGCGAUGUAUGGGGGUCUGAUGAGGAACCCCAUGCUGACCGUGAAAUGUCCUACGAUCUGAAGAAACUACGAGAUGCACAUAAUAAGAGGGGUUACCUGGAUGGUAUCGUUAGUUCUAAGGAGAUCAAUUUACAACAAGGUUUUAAUGAAGGGUUUCCAACUGGGUCUUCGCUAGGGCUUCGAGUAGGUUUAAUCAUUGGUAGACUUCAAGGUCUUGAUUACAAAUACGGUAAUGAUGAUAAGGAACUUCGAGAAAAAUUCGUACUGGCCAAGAAGGAACUAAAGAUUGGUAAUGUACUAAGUAAGGCAGUCUUUGAUCCCAAUUUUGAUCUUCCUGGAACAGGUCAUGAGAAGGUGAAUGAAUGGGAAGGAAUAACGAAAGCAUUCUGCGAUAAAUAUAAAGUGAAUAUGAAGUAG